AUGUCCGACUACGACACUGUAGGAGCCUUCCCGGUGCAAGAGGGGCUCUUCCAACGCCCGGACUGGGGCCACGCUUUCGGGGAUGGCACCGUUCCUCUUGACGAGACUUAUGCAGAGACGGUCAACCACCACGGUCGAGUCUUCCAGCAGCAUGCUCUAGCCAGCAAGACAUAUUUUGCGCCGAUCGAUGAAGAAGAAAUGACGCGACUGGGAGAAAUGCACUCUAUGCUCCGCACCGUGUUCGAUAACAGAUUGAUAUUCCCCCCCGUCAGCAAGCCUGAGAAAAUACUUGAAUGCGGAUUUGGAGCAGCAGAUUGGGCUAUUGAUGUUGCUGAACACUAUCCAGAUGCAGAGGUCGUGGGAUUGGACAUCAGCCCGCAUAUGAUUCCUGAAGUGCUGCCCGAUAAUCUGGAACUUCAGGUUGACGAUCUGAAUGGAGAGUUCACGUUUCCAUCCAACUACUUCGAUGUCGUACACAGCCAGAUGAUGGCAGGCGGAAUCCAUGCAACACGUUGGCCAAGCUAUCUGCGGGACAUGUACCGCGUCCUUCAGCCAGGUGGCUGGUGUCAACUGGUCGAGAUAUAUUUCAACGCUCAGUCGGAUAACGGGACGCUGUCGGCAGACCACGCACUUUCGAGAUGGUCAAGCGGAUACCUUGACGCGAUGCAUCCUCAAAAGGACCCACGAGCGGCUCUGCGUCUAAAGGAAUGGAUGAGGAGUGCAGGCUUCACGGACAUUGAGUCGCGCCUUCUGACACUUCCCAUGUGCCCAUGGCCAACCGAUCCCCGCGACCAGCAAAUUGGUGCCUUGAACGUCAGCAACGUGAGUCAGCUGCUCUAUUCGACGGGCUUGUAUCCAUUCACACAGAUGCGAAAACGUAAAGAGCCAAACGUUGACAUGAUUUUGGGGGACCGCAGUAUGCCAGCGGAAGACUUUCAGCUCUUGGUGGCUCAAGCGAGAAAUGAGGCCAACAAUCCUUCAUACCGGGUGAGAAAAUUUCCAUCCUCGGGCGUCUUUACUAAAGAGCAAAUUGGCUGA